AUGCAGAUAUUUUCAUUAAACUCUAAGAAGAAGUCCCCGAAAAAGAUAGUUCCAACAACAACAUCAUCAUCUCGACAAAGCGACGAUCUACAAAAUUGCAAUGAUAGUAAUAAUACUACUAAUAAUACAUUGAGCAAUACAAAGAAGGAUCCCAAACCAAUAAUAUCCUAUUAUGAUAUUAGAUUAGAUUCACCAUAUAAGGAUUUAAUCUUAAUUCAAGGUACACCAUUGGAGUCAACGCCAAUAUCUCUCUCGGGGAAAUUAAUAUUCUCUUUAAAUGAAGACACAGAAGUUAAAAGAAUUAGAUUGAGACUAACAGGUAGAUUUAAGUUAGAAUUUUUACAAAUGAGUCGAAAAAAAGGGACAGGUGGAAUGACUAGUAUAGUUAAGGAACAACAGACGUUGAUUGAAUGCGAAUGGGUUAACUUAUUAAGAUCUUCAAAAGGUAAUAUUACUAUUAAUAAUAUUGGUGGAUACGAUAGUAAUUACAACAACGAUCGAUCAAAUGAAACUGUAACAAACACAAAUACUUCUACUGGCAAUAAUAGUGGAGUCAUCACACCAAAUGAAACUGAUAAUCAAACCAAAAAAACCAAUAAAAAAUUUAAAAUAUCUAGUAAACAAGGGAAAAGAAAUGCACAAUUACUAAAAUUACCUGAAGGUGGCUUCUCUGGGACACCAUACAUUGAUUUAAAAGAUGAUAAUACCAAAUAUACUUUUCUAUUACGCAAGGGUAAUUAUGAAUUACCAUUCAUGAUACAAUUACCUAGUGAUAUACCUGAAACAGUGGAAGGUUUACAAAGUAGUAGUAUUUUAUAUUCUAUGGAAGGUGUCAUUGAACGUCGUAAAAAGACUAACCUAAUGAUGUUAAAUGAAACCGAUAAGAAAAAUUUGAAUGCAAUUUUAUCAGCUAGUAGUAGUAUAAUCAGUAGUGGUUAUGAUUCAAGUGUAUUCAAUCAAUCAUUGAAUCUUGGUAGUAAGAUAUUUACAAAAUACAAAUAUCUUAGAGUUCUCAGAACUUUAUCGACGGAUAAUCUUGCUAUGCAAGAAGAAAUGUCUGUUGGCAAUACGUUAACUGAUAAAUUACAAUAUGAAAUUAAAAUCCCAAGUCGUGCUAUUCCAAUUGGUGGUAGAACCCCCAUACAAAUAAAAAUAUUCCCAUUUCAAAAAAAUUAUAUGUUAAACAAGAUUAGUGUAUCAUUAAUACAAAUGUAUUCUAUGAAGGAUUCAGAUAAUCAGAUAUAUGAGGAUGAAGUUGUUAUCAAUAGACAAAGUAUGACAGAAUUUGGUGAUCUUGUUGAAAAUGGAACAAACAGAUUAAUUGAUAAAUUUGAAUUAUUCAGUGAAGUACAAUUACCUGAUGAUCUUAGACGGGUUACUCAAGAUUGUGAUAUUAAGAACGAUUAUAUACACGUUCAUCAUAAAUUGAUAUUUCAUAUAAUAUUAAAACGAACAAUACCUGGAGAAAAUACUCCAAGAAAUUUAGAAAUUAAAGCAAACAUACCUAUAUUAUUAUUUGUUUCACCGCAAUUACCCAUGAAAGGUCGUUUAGUAUUAUUUGAUCAAAUGACAGGAAAAAUACAUUUUAGAGCAGGUAAACUUGUACAACUUUUCCCAUUGAUGAAUAAUAGUAAUAAUAACAAUAAUACUACAAAUCUACACAAUUUACAUAUAGACACUCAACAUGAGAUAAAUUAUAAUUGGGUUGGAGAUCAAUUAGGGUAUAGUCCUAUUCCUAAUAAUAAUAAUAAUAAUAAUAAUCUUGCGCCACCACCAAAUUAUCAAGAAAGAACUAAUGACCAAUUGAUCCAACAUUUAGAAGGAAUUAUACCAACAACAGAUCAAGUAUAUAAUUCUAUGACGAGACCUGGUCUGGCGGCUAAUGACCUUGAUGAUGGCGGCAAUUUCCAGAUUGCGGAUAUUAUUACAUCAGAACAACAACCACAACAACGGCCAUUGGCUCCAAAUAGUAAUAACAACGAGAAUAUUGCACAACGUGAUGCAACCACAGAAAGUUAUGAAGAACCACCGCCACUAUUAGCUAACUGGAGUAAUCAAAGUGAUAACAUUCCAGAAUAUAGUGAAACGCCAUAA